ACCGUCCCCACGUCACUACCGGUAUUGGCUUUCCAUCCAUGUGCCCGAGCAUGUACCUAUAGCUACCGCUGCACCAUCUAUGCGUACAACAACGCCACGACCACCAACUCCAGAAUGGCGCUCUCAGCAUCUUUUGAUGUAAUCGGGACCUGUUUCGAUUUUGAAGUCCCAAUCCGAGCGAUUCAUGAGCGUCUAGGCCCCAAACUCUCCACAGCGAAGAGCGAUCCCAAAACGCUCUUCUUCGCCUGGUUCUAUGCCGCUCAGCGGGACUUCACUUAUGUCUCGCUCGCAGGGAGCUACAAACCUAUCGCCGAAGUACUGAAGCUGACGUUUAAGCGCGCCUGCUUAAUUGUUGAUCUUCCCGCCGACGCGGUCAGCGACGAUGAUGUCGCUGUUGUCACGAAAGCGUUCAAGAGCAUGAAGCCGCGUGGGGGGUUGAAGGAGUGUUUUGAUGGUCUCAGGGAGGCGGGGUGGGAUGUGUAUGCUGUUACGAAUGGGGGUGUGGAGACGUCGUUGGCCUAUUACCACAACGCAAACAUUGAGCUGGACGAAGCGCAUCUGCUGUCUUGCGACGAUUUAAAGAUUGCGAAGCCGGAUACCAAAGUCUACGAGCGCGCGCAAGAUCAUCUGACGAAGCAGGGAUUGGGCGAGAAGGGGGAUGGGAAGAGGUGGUUCGUCGCUGCGCAUGCGUGGGAUCUGAUUGCGGCAAGGGCGGCUGGUUUCAAGACGGCAUAUCUGGAUUUCGAGGAGCAUGAUCCGGUCACAGAGGUCUUUGGAGAGUUUGACCUGUAUGCGAGCAGCAUGAAAGAACUGUUGCACAAGUUGAAGGAGGCAAAGUAAGGCAGCAGGGUAAGAAGGAAACUAUUGCUAAUCUUGCAGCUGGUCAUGUGCCUCUCUUUCAUAUCAAUUUGAUAGCUCGCGAAAUAACGUCAAGAGAGUCCUUCUCUGUUCAAACUGAACGACAUUUCCUCACGGCGUCUGAACAAAACGUAGUUCUGUCAACGGACAGAGCCCUUAGGGUGCGAAUUGUACCUUGCAUUGCCAG